AUGUUCUGCCUUGGUUACCUCGUCGAGGGCCGGGCUUCGCCAGUAACAAAGAAAAAGUCUGUUACCACUUUCGUGGCGGUGACCGAAGAUGGCCGCGUCGAUUUGCUCGGUCCUGAUGUCUACGCCAACGCCGACUUCGACAUGCAAGCUGCCAUCGCAUUUGGGUUCUCGGCAGAUGCUGAGGCAAUUCAACAGCAGACCCCGUUCUCCUGCCAGGGAUCCCAAUGCAUCUUUGAGGACUGGGAGUCGUUAUCGGUGUGCAGCAUGUGCUCCAACAUAACCGACCAUCUCGAGACAAAUACACUAAGCAACGGGGGACUGUACAAUGACCUUAAGUUCGACCAGAGCUAUGCGCAGGCUGGACGGAACAGCACCGAGUAUUCGCUACCGAAUGGCCUAUUCCUGAACAACAUCGACGACGAAUAUGGCCCUAGUCAGUCCAUGGUCUACAUGACAAUGAGCGGCACGGCAGACCCUGACAGCACUGUUGCCAUGAGCUAUAUUGACACUCUGAUCUGGGCACAAACAGUCAUCAAAGUGGCCACUAAGCCAAACCCAAACUCGCACGACACCUGGCCAAGCUUUGGAGUCAUGGCCUCAGAAUGUGCUCUUUAUUACUGUGUCCGGCGCUACGGCAAUGCAAAGUACAACAACAGUCAAAUCAGCUUCACGUCAGAAAAGCGGAAGGACGUGGAGAGGGACCCGGAGUCUUGGGCAUCGUUGGCCUCGCUCCUCCAGGCCAGUGACGGCGUAUCAGACACAGUCUUGAAGAGUCUGGCCUACCACCCUCACGAUUCAUUCAUAAGGCGAACAGACCUACGACUUCGCAGUGCUGACGGAAUGACUGCAUGGAAUGUUUCCGACACGGCUGUCUAUGGGAUUAGCUACUACAUGCAGACAUUUUUCGCCAGCUGCCUGAACAGAGAAAAUUGCACCCAAGCUGUAGAAGAUUGGGUCAUUCCUAACGGCUUCUACCUAUCCGCUUCUUCUAGUGGCGGGAGGCAAAGGGAGGACUAUCGCCCUAGCACAGCAAAGGUGCUUUGGGAGACCGACGACAUCGAGCCAAUCUUCAAGAAUGUUGCGGCAAGUAUGAGCAAUGCUCUGCGUCGCGGUGCCGAUGGUGAGGUGAAAGGGAAAGGCACUGUGCUAUCAUUCACUACAGUCUACAAGGUGGUGUGGCCUUGGAUGACCCUACACUGCCUCCAGGAGAUCAUAGCCCUGUUUAUUCUGGUAUCAACUAUCUGCUCGACGCACCGGCGAUCAAAUAUCAUCGAUGUCUGGAAGUCGAGUGAGCUCGCUGUUCUUUCUAAGGGCGCCACUAUUAGUACUAUACUAGGGGGACUCCAUACAAGCCAGAAGCUUGAGGAAAAGGCAAAGAAGACGAAGGUUGAUUUGUUUAAGACGUCCAAAGAAGCUGGGCUAAACGCCUCGGACAAUCUCUUACCGACUGGCCAGGACACACCAGGAGAUGAAAGCUAG